UGCUGUAUGCCUCCCACACCCAUGUCAACCAUCACCAUGUACAUUUGUUAAUCUGGGCCUUUCUGGCUACCAUCUUCAUCCUCUAUAUAUAGACCCCCUUGAUCCCCCUCCCUUGCUCCAUCAUAUCCAUCCCCAGCAGCAGCACAACCAUCUCUCUCUCGAGCUCUAGCUGCUAUAGCUGUUGUUGAUCGACCGUCGACGACACAAAGUAGCUAGGCCAGGUAGCUAAGCUUAGCUUGUGCAGCGUCCGCAGCCAAGAAGAAGUAGCCGAUCGAGGAGGAAAGGGAAGGAGCGAGGAUGUCGGGCGUGUGGGUGUUCAAGAACGGGGUGGUGCGGCUGGUGGAGAACGGGGCGGCGGGCGGCGGCGAGGCGGUGCGGAAGCGGAAGGCGCUGGUGCACACGCCGAGCGGGCAGGUGGUGAGGUCGUACGCGGAGCUGGAGUCGGAGCUGCGGGCGCUGGGGUGGGAGCGCUACUACGAGGACCCGGCGCUGUACCAGUUCCACAAGCGCGGGUCGCUGGACCUCAUCUCUCUCCCCGCCGACUUCGCAAGGUUCUCCUCCGUCCACAUGUACGACAUCGUCAUCAAGAACCGGGACUCCUUCAGGGUCGUCGACGUCUGAAUCGAUCGAUGAUCUUCCUCCAUUGCCGUUGUUGCGCCGAGCUUCAUUCCACUACUACUACACUGAUCGACGAUCCAUGCGUGCAUGCACGCGUGCGUCCAUGGUGAUCUGAUCUAGGUGACGAUUAUCUUAUCGUCUCAGUAUCCAUGCAGUUGUUAAUUAGUUGUGACUUUGUGAGGAGUUGAGCGUGCAGCAGCUAGUGAUGUGACAUCGUCAUCAGUGAGAGAGGUUGCUAGCUGCUACUGUGCUUUUGCUUAAUUUCGAUGCAGUGUGUGUGUUCAUCAGAGUGUGUGAGACUGAAUCAGUGGCUGGUUUGUGUGCCAGCAGUGUGAGUGGGGUGUCUGGGAAUGCUGUGCGUAGUUGCUCGAGGUCGGUCCUGAUGUAGUCUGCUCUCAUGUGACUGUAAAUCUACCGUUUGUGCCAGUGAGACCAAUACUUUUAUGCAUUUCCAUUGCAUUAUACACAUAUACGAUACAUCAAA